UGAGCUAGAUUACGGAUGCCACGUGGUGUUUAAUGUGCAUUUAAAAGAAUCCACUGUACAAGAUGAACAGAGGAAAACAAGCUCCUUUGAGCCUCUGUGAAAAGAAUUUUAUGCUUGAAGCUAUCAAAGAGAGCAAGAGACUGGAUGGCAGAGAGGUGUACGACUAUAGAGCUAUUGAGAUCAAGCUGGGCACCUCCCCUGGUCAUGUGGAGGUCAUGUUGGGAGAUACAAGAGUGUUAGCGUGUGUCUCCUGUCGUGUGAUCCGGCCACGCCCCCAAAGACCGACAGAGGGUCAGAUGCACUUCAAUGUGGAGCUCUCUCCUAUGGCUUCUCCCAGCUUUGAAGUGGGUCGUCCGUCCAGCGUUGCCACAGUGAUAACGAGGACGUUGGAGAGGUGUGUGAAAGAGUCGAGGGCAGUGGACACAGAGUCACUGUGCAUCAUCGCCGGCCAGAAGGUCUGGGAGGUGAGGGUGGAUGUGCAUGUGCUGGACCACUGCGGAAACAUCAUUGAUUGUGCGGCCAUCGCCACGCUUACUGCCCUCAAACAUUUCAGGCGGCCGGACGUCACUGUUAUCGGUGAAGAGGCUACAAUACACCCAGUCACAGAGCGAGACCCUGUUCCCCUCAGUGUUCACCAUAUGCCGCUGUGUUUCACUUUCGCUUUCUUUCACGGAGGUGAACGCCUUCUUGUGGACCCGUCUCUAUCAGAGGAGGGGGUGAUGGAGGGACAACUCGUCAUAGCAAUGAACGUACACAGGGAGAUAUGUGCCCUACAGAUGACAGGGGGUGUGGCCAUCGAGCAGGAUCAGGUCAUGAGGUGUACACAGAUUGCAGCCGUCAAGUGCAUUGAACUCACGGAGGUCAUCAAAAAAGCACUCUCACGUUCCAACUUCAAAACUAGUGAUGAGUCUAGCAUCCUUAGGACCAAACAGCCGGAGAGUGAGGUCUCGCUACCAGAGUGUGUGGAUAGUAGUGAGGGUGUGAUGGAAGUGGAGGAGGUGAAUUCAGCUAGGAAACCAGAGGUUGUCGUCCUGGACGAUAAAACUGCUGAGCUGGGAAUGGGUGGUGCAAACACAUGGGAUCUUGCAGCAGCUGUCAACAAAAACUGGCGUAGUUCCGAUGACGAAACACCACAACCGCAACACAAAUCAUCUAAAAACAAUACAAAAAAGAAAUCCAAGAAAAAAAAGUUAGUGGAAGUUGCACGAGACUCUGGCUCAGAAGAGGAAGAAACGAUGACUAUUACUAGUGCAGACAUUGGUGUUGAUGAGGCGUCAGCCAGCAAAGAUAGCGAUGUAAUGGUAGUCGAGGAUGUUGGUAGGAAUGGACGGAAGAAAAGAAAGGGCUCACUGAAAAGUACAGCAACUGCCACAGCUGUUGGCAAGACGACACAGAGAACUAGUAGUAGACAAAAGAAACAGAAAAAAUAGAGCAGCUAGCUGUUUUAAUAAUGUAUUUUUUGUCAUGUGCAAGUUCACAUGUGCAGAGUUAUGUAUAUAAAAUUAUUAAUUCCGGUA